AUGGCCAUGGAGCAAGACCGUGCGGCCAGACUGCACCUUGCGAGGAACUUCUGUGUGGAGGACGGCUACGCCAAACGGGCCUUUGAUGCCGCUUGCAAAACGCAGGGGACCAUGGAGAGGAUGACAGAAACUUACUUGUCCAAGGCCAUCAUUUUGAACUCUUCAGAAAUGAAGAAGAAUGACCAUGACGUGUGGAUUCAGACGGUCCGUGCUUUCAGGGACAAGAAGGCCACGCAGGGAAAGGCCGCACAGUUUGACGUGCUUUCCCACGCGGUCUCGUUGAGGAAAUCCAGGGUGGAUAUGCAGGAGGUGGUGAUCAAGCCCAUGCUGAUGGGAGAGUUUCGGCACAAGAAGCAACUGGCUCCUCCUUUCAACCUCUCAGAAGCCGAAGCCCUGUCAGAAUGGCACCGCCUUAUAGGUGACCCCUCUGUGAACAAAUCAGAGAAGGUGCUCUUCAAUCCCAAGAGCCGCAAAGAAGAAACAUUUACUCGGGUUCAUGUGAUUAUGGAGGAGAACGAGAGGAGACAGCAAGUGCGGGCCCGUGAUGAAACCACAACCCAGGAGGCAUCGGCCAGACACCCCACAGCAUCCUUUCGGCAAGCUGUUGCGGAACGAUUUGCCCAAGAGGACUCGGCUUGGUUUUGCUUCUCAAGUUUCUAUAGUUUCCAUUUUUGUUUGCAAUGUUGCCAGCGGGCCCCAGCGAUGGCUCACUUACAGUUCCCCCCCAGGAACCACAGGCUGACGCAAGUUUCCUGA